CGAUACCAGCACCUUAUCCACCUGUGGAGCCACCUAUGGCACCACCGCCAGUCCAGAACCAAAUAAGUGUCUCCUCCUCUACUUCGGACCCACGGUCCCGAAUGCAACAAUCUACUCAUCGCCAAGAUGCACGAACUGAGCGACGAAACCCACGUUCACCUUCAAGAGGCAACACCUCUCACCAACGAGCUCCUCCAUACAAUGGUGGAGAGGUGGAAAUUAGCAGUCAGCUAUCUCGCUCAAAUCACCUUCCCCACAUAGGUAAUACCAUUGGUGGAAGGACAAUACCUCCAAUAAGGCACAAUCCCUUCACUGUCGCAAUAAUCAAUGAGAUACUCCCCCAACGGGUAAAGGUCUCGAGUCUACCGCAGUUCGAUGGAACUGGUGACCCACAGGAGCACCUUGAAAAGUUCUACGCCAUGGCAGAUCUAUAUGGCCCAACUGAUGCGGCAAUGUGCAAGAUGUUUCGCACAACGCUCUCCGAACGAGCCUUGAGCUGGUUCAACUCCUUGCCCACUGGGUCGAUUGAAGCUCUCUCCCAACUAACAGAUCGCUUCACCCACCAUUUCGCUAUCAACAAAGAGUACGCAAAGACUCCCGCGUACCUCUUCACUAUCACCCAGAGAGAGGGCGAGACCCUCCGCAACUACAUUCAACGAUUUGUAGAGGCAUCUCACAAAGUUCCUAACGUGGGAGGAAGCAUGCUCGCUGGAAUCAUUCAACAAAACUUAAAGGAAGGUAGAUUCAAAGAAUCUAUUGCAGGAAGACCUCCAACCACUCUGGAAGAGUUACUAAGUCGCGCUGAGAAACACGUGCGUCCCCUCACCUCUCGACAUCAAUUGAACGAAACACUUACAUCAUCUACUUAGUACAAGUUUAUUUAUUUCGAGCGAUUCGCUCCCUACUUGUUUAUGUACCUUCGCCUCAAGUAGGCUCGAAGCUUCACAUUUUCAAUCAAUGAAUAAAGCUAGUUAUUUUCUUUACUCUCGGUGUUAUCGCUCUUUCAACACAUAAUUAUUAGCUCAAGUCAACAUAAAAUCUGGGGGUUUAUAGUGCCCCCAAAAUAUUUCGUUCACCAAGGGUUAUCGACCCCAUGGAGGCCUACCUUCGCCCCCUCGAACGGUUCAGAUAACCGAAGAAGACCUUCAGCGUAUGAUCGCCGAACCUUUAACAAGAUCAAAUUCUACUUGCUCAUCUAACGGUUCAAAUAACCGAUAAGGACCUUCAGCGUACGACCGCGAAAGUUUCAACUCGUGUUGCCACUGAAGCAAGGGCACAACCGUGCGCAUCCACCUCAGACCUAGGUCUCGAGCGCCUCAUUCUAGAGUAGGGGGUUAUCUCAUCCCAUGGUGGGCAUCACCCUUACCUUUCAACCCCAAGUGGGUGCACAUCUCAUCUCAAGAGACGAGUAUAAUCUCCCUACUCAAAAAAUAGAACAUCCCCAUCCCAUGGCGGGCAUCACCCUUACUUUUCAACCCCAAGUGGGUGCACGUCCCAUCUCAAGAGACGAGUAUAAUCUCCCUACUUAAAAAGUAGAACAUCUCCAAAGGGGUGAACAUCAACCACCUAAAAAUAAAAUAAAA